AUGAACUCUCCUCCAAGGAUGAACAAACACAUUCGAUUUGCAUCUACUUCUUCAUUCACUCACUUUGUAGAUGUUUUUGUACAACAUGGAUCAACCCCUCCUUUUAUGGAAACUACUGAACCAAUAAUCCAAGAUAAGUCAUCAUCUCCUUCUCCUCAAACUGAGAAUGUUCUUCCUAUGUCAUCUCCCAUCAAGACUUUAACUCAAUCAAUGGAUAAAUGGUUGAAUAAAGUUGAAAGGGAUGUAGUUGUGAUGAAGCGACUUAUGGCUCUAGGUGAUGAUGAUGAUGAUGAUAUGGUUUUUGAUGACACUCCAACAAACUCUCCAGACGCUGAUGCAACAAUCGAUGAACAACCCAUUCCUGACAUUGAUGACUAA